CCACCAAACAAAACAACCGUCACUACUUAAAAACACACAAUUUUAAACUCACAUGAUCGACCGAUUUUCUAAUAAACUUCCUUGAUAGAAGUAUACAUAUACAAAAAUAUCCUUUUCCCGUUCGAUCCAUUCACAAUGAAUCACAGGAUGGAUUAGCCACAGGAAACCUCCAAUUUUAACCGGAACUACCCGUUUACAUUCAACUAUAAGAUCUACUAAUUCUUCCUUAUUGUUUCAAGACGGCACACUACUUUCAUGCUACAUUGGUCGGUUUAAUCCCACUCCUCAGAAUUCGUGAUGAAUAUUCUGUCGGAUAAUAUUUGAACUUCAUUUAACAAAGCACACUGAUAUAUUUCAAAUCUUAAUCCAGCAAGCAGUUUUAAACUAUGAACAUGAAUGUUUCUAACAGUUCCAUCCCACCGGAGUUUACAGACCAGGAGCUCUUUGAUCGUUAUCAGUUUGUGAGGGAGUCCCCCGGGGUAGCGAUUUCACUGAUCGUCAUCCUUUUGUUGGCGGGGCUCAUAGGGACCUGCGGCAAUGUUCUCAUAUUGUUGGCACUCUGUGUGAUGAAGAAUAUGAAAUCACUGGAAUCCAUUUUUAUCGCGAAUUUGGCCAUCUCGGACAUGUAUGUCACGCUUGUUGCCGACACCAUGAGUAUCGUAGCAAAGUUGGAAGGCGAAAAUUUCUUCAACCUCUACCCCGGACUUUGCCAAUUCAUUGCAUAUGGCUGCACGAUGUCAUGUGUAAAUUCAUUGGGUACCAUUGCGUUGAUGAGCUUCAACCGAUAUGUUUAUAUCUGUCACAAUCGAUAUUACAACAAAAUUUUCAAAAAGUACACCUGCGUAAUGAUGUGUGUGUCAUUGUACUGCGUUGGUCUGCUGCUCGUUCUGUUAAAUUUGGCGGGAAUUGGUGACCAUUCCUUUGACCGAAAAAGUCUGGAAUGCAUUUGGGAUCGGAUGGCGACUUACUACUAUACGGUAGCUUUCUCCGUCACACUUGUCUGGAUCCCAGUUGUGGUUACGGGCUUUUCUUACCUGAAUAUCUACAUCACAGUGACCAAGAGCACAAAACGAAUAAACAAGCAUCAAACUCGGGAACAGCCGUCUACAUCCUCAAUCAAACUCGCACGAACACUCUUCAUUAUAUAUGCGGUAUUUGCUACGUGUUGGAUCCCUUAUGCUCUCAUCAUCGUGGUGGACAGACAUGAUACUUUCUCACACGAGGCUCAUCUUUAUGUUACCGUCUUCGCUCACCUCCACCCUUCAAUCAACUGGCUGGUUUACUACUUCACUAACACGAAAUUUCGACAUGCAUUUGACAAAAUCGCGGGAUUGCAUCGCGUCUUUGGAAUCUUCAGACAAUCACCAACUGAGGAUGUCAAUUCCUCCAGAGUACUGAGCACGUCAGACUCUCAAGCCAAACAGAAGAUGACAAGUAUUGCCACUUUAUCGUCUGGUGACGAACUUUCGUCCAGAAGCGCGCCCCAAGAAAACAUGGAAUCGGCUAUUUCAAAGAUUAUGAACAUUUCCAACCAUUCUAUCCCACCGGAGUUUACAGACCAGGGGGUCUUUGAUCGUUAUCAGUUUGUGACGGAGUCCCCCGGGGUAGCGAUUUCACUGAUCAUCAUCCUUUUGUUGGCGGGGCUCAUAGGGACCUUCGGCAAUGUCCUCAUAUUGUUGGCCAUCUGUGUGAUGAAGAAUAUGAAAUCACUGGAAUCCAUUUUUAUCGCGAAUUUGGCCAUCUCAGACAUAUAUGUCACGAUUGUUGCCGACACCAUGAGUAUCGUAGCAAAGUUGGAAGGUGAAAAUUUCUUCAACCUCUACCCCGGACUUUGCCAGUUCAUUGCAUAUGGCUGCACGAUGGCAUGCGUAAAUUCAUUGGGUACCAUUGGGUUGAUGAGCUUCAACCGAUAUGUUUAUAUUUGCCAUAAACGGUUUUACACAAAAAUUUUCAAAAAAUACACGUGCGUAAUGAUGUGUAUAUGGUUGUACUGCGUUGGUCUGCUGCUCGUUCUAAUAAAUUUGGCGGGAAUUGGCGACCAUUCCUUUGACCGAAAAAGUUUGGAAUGCAUUUGGGAUCGAAUGGCGACUUACUACUAUACGGUAGCUUUCUCCGUCACACUUGUCUGGAUCCCAGUUGUGGUUACGGGCUUUUCUUACCUGAAUAUCUACAUCACAGUGACCAAGAGCUCAAAACGAAUAAACAAGCAUCAAACUCGGGAACAGCUGUCUACAUCCUCAAUCAAACUCGCACGAACACUCUUCAUUAUAUAUGCAGUGUUUACAGUGUGCUGGAUCCCUUAUGCUCUCCUCGUCGUGUUGGACAGACAUGAUACUUUCUCACACGAGGUCCAUCUUUACAUCACCGUCUUCGCUCACCUCCACCCUUCAAUUAACUGGCUGGUUUACUACUUUACUAACUCGAAAUUUCACCAGGCAUUUGACAAAAUCGUGGGAUUGCAUCGUGUCUGUGGAAUCUUUAUUCGAGCGACAACGGAGAGUGUCGAAUCAUCUGAAGCACAUACACCGCGGACAUCAGACUCUCAAGCCAAACAGAACAUGGUGAAGAAGACAACGUUUAGCACCUUACCGUCUUCUGACAAACUGUCUUCCGGAGACGAUACUCGAUAAAAUAUGGAAUCAAAUAUAUAAGUAGUAUUCAGAAUAUUCAGUUUUUCUAGCGGAAACAGUAUACGCCAUCUAGAUAAAAGAUUCUCUUUAAGAAUAUUUUCAUGAAAUGGAAAUAUGAAUUGUAUACCCUGGUAUUAUUAUCAUGAACCUUUUAACUCACCUGGGCCGAAAGCUCUUGAAAGUAAACUUUUCUGAUCGAAAGCCCGUUGUCUGUCGGCGUUGUCGUAAACUUUUCACAUUUUCAUCUUCUUCUCCAGAACCACUGGGCUAAUUUCAACCAAACUUGGCACAAAGCAUCCUAGUAUGAAGGGGAUUUAAGUUUGUUCAAAUGAAGGGCCAUACCCCCUUCGAAAGGGGAGAUAAUCACAACAAUGCAAAACUAGGGUGGGGUUACUUAAAAAUCUACUCAAGAAUCACUGGGCCAGAAAAGCUGAAAUUUACAUGAAAACAUCCUAACAAAGUGGAGCUUUAAGUUUGUUAAUAUCAUGACCCCUGGGGUUAGGGUUGGGUCACAUUAGGGGGUCAAAGUUUUUACAUGUGAAUGUAUAGGGAACAAAACUUAAAUUGGCACAAUGCAUCCUUAGAUGAAAUGUCUUGAUAUGAAAGGUCAUACUCGUUUACUAGGGCAUAUGAUAAUUAAUAAAUUUGUAGUCAAGUUUAAUAAGUAAGUUUGAUAAUUAAUGAAUUUGUAGUCAAGUUAAUGAGUAAGUUUGAUAAUUAAUGGAUUUUUAGUCGUUACCUUUAAAAAAAAUCUUAACGAAGCUGCUAUAAUGAUAGUUUUGCUCAAACUUGUUUAUUGCUAGGAACUGAUCCUCAGGUGAGUGAUGUGGCGCAUGGGCCUCGUUCUACUUUCACAUAUGGUUUGAUGUGUUCGUUUUGAAUUUCCUCAGUAUAACGUAGUUGAGGAAUCCUGGUAUUAACUUAGAAUGGCAGAUGUAGUGUAUUAUAUUUUUAUUUUCGUUCAUUUGUAUUAUCAACAGCUAAUCAUGUACAUUUUAUGAUUUACAUUGUACGUGUAUAAAGUAUGUACCUUCAAGCACUCACAUUUUGAUCUCUCUCUCUCUCUCUCUCUCUCUCUCUCUCUCUCUCUCUCUCUCUCUCCAACAUUUACAUCUAGUUACAGUGACACUCGACAAUAGCUCCAUCCAAUUUGUGUUUGAGGGAAGGAGAUUUAACACGUAUAAGAUAAGAACAUCUUCUCAAGCCAAGUGCUCGGACUCUUGAUUUGAGACCGGGGGAUAAGAACUGCUACAAUUAUAAUCGAUGUAUUUAAGUAAAUUGAGGGGGGGGGGGGGGGGGGCUCUUCCAUAUUAAAUGCAGAUUAUAUUAAGAGUUAUAAUAGAUCAAAAACGCAUGUAUGAAGUUAUUAAAGUUUUUUCUCUUCUAAUUGUGGUAUUUCCUUGGUGUUCAACGUUUUUAAUUUACAAGUGUUUUAUGCCUCGUUCACACGGAUGCGCAUUAAAUUUUACUUCGCAUCAAAUUUGAUGCGAAGUAAAAUAAUGCGCAUUAAAUUAAUUCGAAUUAAAUAGCGUUCACACGGCGGUAAUAUUUAAUGCGAAGUAAACUAAUGCGCAUUAAAUUCGUAUGCAUAUCUAUUAAAGGGUGCGCGAAAUAAAUUAAAGAAUAGAGUAUGUUAUUGAAAAUUAUUUUUAUAGAUAUUUUAAUGAAUAUUGUGUAGGUACAAAUUUACUUCUGACAUUAUCUAAUGACAUGCUGUUUGUACAUGUUUUUAGUGAUUAUUAUCAUUUUGCUUAGUUUUUCGUACAAAACUAACAUUAAUAUAUAUAGCUGACCAUGGGUAUGAUGCAUGUGACCCAAAUUGGCCAUUACGCAUGCGUCUACAUUUAAUUCGAAUUAGCUUCGCUUAGCGUUCACACGGAGCUAAUGCGAAGUAAAUUUAAUUCGCAUUAAAUCGCGACGUCAAUUUUAAUUCGAAGUAAACUAAUGAGCAUUAAAAGCUCCGUGUGAACGCGGUUCAGAUUUAAUUCGCAUUAACUUACGUUUAAUGCGAAUUAAAUUCUUCGUGUGAACGAGGCAUAAAUAACAAAAUCUAGAAUAAGGAAAGUAACAAAUAGGAAUGUGGUUAUUGUUUUUGAUUUCUGAAUUUAUAUUUCGACCACAUUCAAGGAUGUUUUUAGCAAUAUCUAUGACAGUAAACACAUCGAGUUACA